AUGGCGGUUUUGGUCAUGUUUCAGGUGUUGUGACAUGUGAAGAGUGUAUGGUUGACAAGGAAAAGUAGACUUUUUUUAGAGUGCAUCUAAGAAGAGGUGACAUUUUGGUGAGCGGUGUUCCUUGAAAAGAGAUCCUGGAGUGUCAUUAGUGCUUGUGUGCAGAACAGAAAUAUAAAACAACUGAUAGACUAUUUCACAUCUGUGAAUAAAGGUGAAAUAAACAGUCAUGGAUAAAGGUUAUAUUAAGAAAAAAGCCUGGUACCUCGGAGAAUGGCGUCAAAGUGUUUUAGCGGAUACUGUGAUCAACCAAAUCCAGCAGCUGGUGAGGAAAAAGAAGGGGAGUGUUGUCAAGCUGUGCAUGGCCAGGGAUGGAAUCCGUGUUUACAUGUCAAAUAUAAUACAGGGUAAGGUGCUAGUCAAUCAUGUACCCUUUCCUGACUUAUACUUUAUGACUGUUAAUCAACACAAUCCCAAUUGUUUAUUGGUGAUCGCGAAGGACCCAAGACACAAGUACCGAAUUCUCGCUUACCGCUGCGAGAAUACCCUGGAUGCUGGGCUUUUUAUACAGUAUUAUAAAGAUGUGCGGAAGUCUAUGACGUCAGUAGAAGGAUAUAACAUCGAAUUAAAAAGGUCAGACGAAGGAAACUGGACCUUGAGAUCUAAACAACAUGAGGAUCACAAACGACAAUUAAAGACUAUUGUUAACAUGCAGACAGGAACGACGACCGCACAACAGAAUGGGGCCAUUCAAAACUCACAUACAAAGGUAGCUGUCGUUAAUGGACAGUCGAAACCGGACGAAAAUAGAAACACAAAAAUGGUGAUUCAGACUCGCGUUGAAAAAUCGCCACCAUCAUCUCCAAGAGAAAAAGUUACCUUGGAAAAAGUUUACCGAAAAGGUAAAAGUCAAAACAACAUCGGAAUACAAGCCUCCGGCCCUGGAACAGAGCGAUAUUCUGACAAUGUAUCUGAGACCUCAGAUUCCAAUCAAUCGUUUCAAAAUGAACUUAACUAUCUAUCUAACGAACUGCGAGAAAUAAAAUUCAUGCUAGAGAAAUCCACAGGAAUAAGUGCUGAAGUUUACCAUGACAAGAGUGGUAAGGAAAUUCAGACUGAAUCGUUUCGGACAGAACCUGAUACCGAGUUGACGGUUAACAAGGCGCUGGAACCAAUCGAUGCCGUUGUCAGAGAUGAAGAGGAAGAUGAGGUCAAACUGAGAGAAGUCCAGAACGACGACGGCCCCGGCCCAAAAGUCCGUGUGUCUGUACCCGACUAUCGAAGUCUAGGGGUUCAAGCGUCGUCGAAAACUCUUCCUCCACCCCCGGAAAAGCGCGCUGCAACACUGCCAGCUACUUUCCGACAGACACAGCCGGACGGCCCAGAAUUACUUCGCGCGAGCACCACAAAUUACCAGUCUUGGAAGGAUGACGUUGUUCUUCGUGGCCGAGUAGGUGGUUCAACUAGACCAAGAACGGCUAUAUACAGUACUAGCAGCUAUACAAGCACUGACGGAAGUAUGAAGGGAAGUUUACGAGGGGUUCCAAACGGAGUCCAUGUUCAUUUUGAUAGCGCAGUCCCAAAAGGAUCCGUCGUUUACAGAAAAAAAGGAAUAUCCACCAACGUUCAAAAGCCUAUCGAGAGAGUGUACCAGCGCCCCCAUUCGGUCCAUUCCACAGGUCGACCCUACGUUGUUCACCAUCACCACCACCAUAGAGGACCAGUUUAUCAGACUGCGGUACCAGCCACAUUGGACCUGAAUCAAAAUAAGGUGAACGAAGCAGUCAUGACCAAUGGUCAUUCUCCCACUUCACCAAGAUCUUCCACCGGAGCAGGAUUCUUCAUCCGAACGUGAUUCUAACAAAGGUGCUCAUACAAAUAUUGUUCAUAAUAAGUGCAUGGACAUUUCUAUACUGUGAACCAUGUAAAGAUGCGAACAGUUAUGAAAGGACCGUGUGUUGUAAAUCUGGCACAAAUCAGGAGAUAGUUAAGUGAAGUGAAAGUCUACAGGUUAUGUUUAACUGGAUUUUUAUUAAAUUGAUUUCUGAAUCUGGGAUUUUUACUUUGCAGAAACAUUGCCAGAACUUAUAAAGGCCAGUCGUGUUUUUGUUUGCAAUUUGAAAACUGAUAUUAAAACCAAAUCGGGCAUUCAACCUUUGA